UCUUUCCCCCCAACCUCAUAAAUUACACUCCGCGAUUGUACAUAAUAUCCUAUAAUUGUAUUGUAUUAUAUAUGUCCUAAUAAUAUAGACGUUUAGUAUAUUGUAUAUGUUUUUUAUUUAUUUUUUAUUUUCCUUUUCAUCAUAAAAUAUAUUAUUUUGUGUCUUUCUAUCCAAUUCUGAAUCCUGUCAUAAAUUCCUCUUGUCCGUUAUCCACAAUUUUUGAACAUUUUCCUUGAUUCCUGCUCAUGGAGCAUUUCUCUAUGCUUCAUGUUCCUGCUCGUCAUUGGCAAUGCACUAGCGUGCAGUCCAUAAAAAAAAAGUCCACAUGUUUAGUUUAACAUGUGUCAAAUGGCCAUAACAAAAGCAACAAAUGAAAAAAUUUGUUGAACAAUAGUAAUAUAUGUUGUUUUUAAACAAGUUCGUCAAAAUAAAAAUUAAUAGUAGUCGAAUAGUCGAAUUAUUUUUCCUAAAGUUUAGAGACGUAAAUAGUUUAUCAGAAGAUGGGAAAAGGGAAAAAACAUUUUAAUAGAAAAAAGAAGGGAUUUAAGCCCAUUAACAAAAAGAAGAAAAAGAGUGCUAAAGAAAAUGAAGUCGUAAAUAAGAAAGCAAUUUUUAACAGAUAUAAAGAUAAACAAAAGGUUGAAGAAGAGUUCGCUAAGAAGAAGCAGUUGGAGCAGAGGUUUCUCAAACAACAAGUCACGUUUUCCGAGAGUGAAGAAGAAGAAGACGACGCUUAUGGACAGUUAAUUUCGUGUUUUAAAAGCAAGAAAAAUAAAAGAGUUGUCACAGACAGUGGUGAUGAAGAGAUUUCAAGUGGUGAGGAAUCCCAUGCUAGUGACAACCUUAAUGAAACUACCUUAAGUCAUGUUUUUGAAGAAUCUGCAGCUGAAGCUGAAGAAAUAAAUAAUGAAGAUAAUGAAAUGAGUAGUGAUGUAGUUAGUGAAGAAAGUUCUGAUGAAGAUAUUAUGAUAACAGAAAACCCAGAUCUAGAAAAUGAAGUGGACACUUUAAAUGAUCCGUUUACCAAACAUUUGCAGUACGACUUACAAGACGAGUUGCUUGUGUCUUUAUCAAAUGUACCCCAUACCGAGAAAAAAGUAAACAAAACUUGGCCAGUACUAGGCAAUUUAACCAUAUGUAUACCACAACCUGUUGAAACAUUAUCAAAGAAAACAAAACCAAAAUUUUCGAUACUAGAAGAGAAACUAUAUGCACCCAUAGCCACAGUACCACACAUAUGCCAUAAAGUAGAAUUCAAUCAACUUUUUAUUAAGCCACAAAUAAGUGUUAAUGUUGUGUCAGCAAAUAAAAUUAACUUGAUAAAAAAGGAUCUAGAUAUAACUGAGGUUAUGACUCCUUUACAGAAAGAGUUGUUUUCAGUUAUAAAUAAUUAUCAAGACCUCUGGUUUCCAGAGAGAACUUUUACCAAUGCAGAAGAGAUUCGGUUUACUUAUUGUCUGCAUGUGGUGAAUCACAUGUUAAAGACUAGAACUAAAAUUCUUCAUCAUAAUGCUAAAUUAGCAAAGAAGUCUGAUUUGUCUGAGGAGUAUAGGGAUCAGGGAUUAGUAAGACCAAAGGUACUUAUUUUGGUGCCUUUUAAAGAUGCAGCAUAUAGAGUUGUUAAGACAUUGAUUGAUUUAGUUGUACCAAAGGAAGCAGGUCAAGUAGUGAAUAAAAAUAGAUUUGAGGAAGAUUUUACAGGUGGCGAGUUGAUCAUGCCCAGUAAAAACCCUAAACCUGAAGAUUAUGAACUACUAUUUAGUGGCAAUACAGAUGAUACUUUCAGAUUAGGAAUGACUUUGACUAAAAAGACAUUGAAGCUGUACACAGAUUUCUAUUCAUCAGACAUACUGGUAGCGUCGCCGCUCGGGCUCCGUAUGAUCGUAGGUGCAGAAGGUGAAGAGGAUCGCGAUUAUGACUUUUUGGCCUCCAUAGAAGUACUUAUUAUGGACCAGGCUGACGUGUUUUACAUGCAAAAUUGGGAUCAUUUAUUGCAUAUCCUAGAUCACUUUCAUUUGCAGCCUAAGAAAACUCAUGGCACUGACUUUUCGAGGGUUAGGUCGUGGGCUGUUAAUGGCUGGACUAAGUAUUAUAGACAAACUUUAGUGUUUUCAUCCAUAAUGUUACCAGAGAUAAUGUCAGUGAUGAAUAAAAAGUGUCAGAAUUACGCUGGAAAAGUCUUGGUAGCCAAUAUACCUGAAGUGGGCAGUAUACAACAAGUUUUAGUUCAGGUGCCGCAGUUAUUUCACAGGUUCAAUGCAACAAGUCCACUAGCUUCAGUCGAUGCAAGAUUUGAAUACUUUGUGAAAGAAAUCCUUCCAAAACAGCGCGAUACACUCAUGAGUCACACGCUCGUAUAUGUUCCGAGCUAUUUUGAUUUCGUAAAAAUAAGGAAUUAUUUUAAGAAGGAGGACAUUGGUUUCGUUCAAGUUUGUGAAUAUUCUAAGGACUCGAAAAUAGCCCGUGCCCGGGAUAUGUUCUUUCAUACUGAAGCACACUUUUUGUUGUAUUCAGAGAGAGUACAUUUCUUCCGAAGGUUACGAAUCAAGGGUGUGAGACACAUUAUAUUUUACCAGCCUCCUACCUACCCUCAUUUCUACUCAGAAAUGUGCAAUCUUAUGCAGGAAAGCAAUCAAAACAAAUAUGGCGGCAGCGACUGUAACAUGACAGUGACAAUUCUGUACUGCAAGUACGACAUGCAGCGAGCGGCGGCAAUGCUCGGGGCGGCGCGUGUCGCCCGCAUGGCCGCGUCCGACAAAUCUGUACAUAUGUACAUCACGGGAGACUAAUAAAUUAUUUUACGUUAUUUUAUUA